CUCAAUUUCCCGAAGUUGCGUGAAAUGCUGGGCUCACGUGACAUGGCUCGUUGUUAUUCUUAUUAUGUGUUGUUAUUUACCCUACUAAGCGUGUAAAAAGCAAUAUUUAAUUAUGUCUUACAUAUAUAGAAUUAUUUGACUAGCAACUGCUUUUCAAUGUUUCGAAAUUAUUUCAAUCACGAAUAAACUUUGUAAUUCGAUUGAACUGCCUUUUAAGUUUUGUUAAUUAUUGUUUGUCGUGAAAAUGCUCAUAUGUUAAUGUAACAUACGGUAUAAAAAAUAAUGGCUGGCACAGAAGUUACUGAGGGCACGCCAAUUUCGGAACCAUUGCGUUUAACGCACAUUAAACCGUCUUUCAACGAACAAGAAUUAGCUGUAGCAUCGCGUCAAGAUUUGUGGCAUAAAUUUAUUGUCUACAAUGUAAGACAUUGUAAAGCGAAGGAAGUAUUGAAAAGAAUCAUUGUUGCUUGUGAUCCUGAUAUCAUACUUCCUGUUAUGUAUAAAGAAGAAAGCUCAAAUAAAAGCACUUUCUUGGCAAAAUGCACCUCCACUGCCAUUGAAAAUCUUGUAAAGCAAGAUUUAUGUGUGGCUAUGAUAAAUGGGCAUGAGUUACAUAUUGACAUUGUAUUAGGAUUUUUAGAUUCCAAAGAGUUACAACUGAAUCCUAAUAGAAUUAUAGCACAAGCAUUGUAUAGUAGGUAUGAACAUACAAAAAAGGUAUUGAAUCUUGAUGAUUUUGAGGAUGAGAAGUCUUUGAAUUCAAUAUAUUGUCCAUUGUCUGUACCUAAAGUAUUGCAGUUUGUUUUGAGAUGUGCCAAAGUGGGAAUCUUAAGUACUAAUCGUGAUUCAAGAUUGUCCAUCCGUGAACUGAGUUUAAAAUAUAAUAAACUCACAGCCAUUAUUCUGUUUGAGAAGUUCUUCAAUUACCAUUUGACCAAGUUAGAUCUAAGAUACAAUCACAUUGGAGAUAUUGAUUAUUUACGUUAUUUUAGUGAAUUCAAAAUAAGUGAACUAUGGCUAGAUGGAAAUCCAUUGUGUGCAAAAUAUAGCAAGUGUCAAGAUUAUGUGCAAGCAGUGAAAAAUGUUUUCCCUCAUCUACAAAAAUUAGAUGGAAUUGUAAUAGAUACAGAACAAAAAUUUGUUCCUAAUAUUCAAAGCAACUUUAUAAGGGAUGGUAUGAAAACUUGUCUUAUCAAACAAUUUGUGAAGCAUUAUUUCACUUUAUAUGAUCAGGAUGAUAGACAAAUGAUGAAUGGACUGUAUGACAGAGAUGCACUUUACUCCAUGACAUUAGGGAAUGUUAUAAAUUAUGUCCAUAAACAAAUAACUAAAACAUUUGUUACAAAUAGAAAUUUACUGAAAUUUGUUGAUUAUGCCAAGUGUCAAGAAUUUUUAUUACGUGGCCCAGAGAGAAUCAUUUCUGCACUUAGAAGCCAACCACCAACAAUACAUAAUUUUAAAUCAUUUCAUGUUGAUUUACUGUACGAAGGAGAAAGCCAUCUUGCUAUUUCUGUACAAGGAUUAUUUUCAUUUAGAGACAUUGCAUGUCCACCAAUGUUUUUCAACAGGACUUUCAUUAUUAUACAAAAAGAAGAUAAUGAAUACUGCAUUACUAAUGAUCAGUGUUAUCUUGAUGGAACACCUGCCAAUAGUAAUCUAUCAGGAAACAGUGAAUCAAGAUUUGAAACAAAAAUUUCACCAAAAUUUGUUCCAACUGUGUUUAGUAUUUCAGAGAAAGAACAACUGUUGUCAUUUCUGCAUGAACUGAGUACAAUGAAUUUGAAGUUUUGUCACCAAUAUCUUGAAGAAGCCAAUUGGGAUAUAAGAACUGCUAUUACAACAUUUAUGAACAUGUAUACAGUAAACAAUGUACCACCUGAAGCCUUUCUAUGACAUACAAGCAUUUUAUAGUUAAUUGAAUUUAUAUUAAAAAUUAUUGUAUAAAUUUGUAUAUACAUUUCUGUAAUUUUGUAAUCACAAAUGUAUUAACUGUAUGAUGUACACUUGAGGAAAAAUCUUGCCUCGCUGUAUGAGAAGAU